AUGGACCCACUUCAAAUAUAUUUAGUAACACAAAUAUUCAAUUGUGCGAUUGAUCAAUUAAAAAUAACUAAUAAAGGACGUUAUUCACCAUGUGAAAUGGAAGUUAAAGACCCAUGUGAAAUAAGAUUUAAAAGUAAAAUACAUGAAUCCGUUUAUCAACAGUUAGAUCCACUACGUCCCUCAGAGGAAGCAAUGAAUGAACAAGAAGUUGAAGAAGAAACCAAUUCAUUAAUUACAUUUUAUAUUGAAAUAAUGGAAGAAAUACGAGAUAAAGGAACAUUUAAUCGUUUAUUACAAGUAAUUCAAGAUUCAAUUGAUGAGGCAGAUGAUGAAGAUAAAGUAAUUAUUAAUCAUAAUAAAACACAUAAACAUUAUAAUGAGGUUAGAUACAAAUGGAAACAUCAUGAUUCAAAUGCAGCAAAAGAAAUUUAUCAUCGUGAAGAUAUUCUUAGGCAAUUGAGAGCAGAAUUGACGGUAAGUUAUUCUUUUAUAAAUUUAGUUAAAAAUUGGGAAGCAACACGUUUUGAUCAAGGUACAUUAUAUGCUAAAAAUGUUGAAAGGGAUCUACUGAAUGAAUUACGUUAUUAUGAUUGGAAAAUUCGUCAAGAAGAAAAUGCAAUUUCAAAUGUUGAAAAAUUACUCGAUAAUAUCAAUAGAAUAAAAAGUGAUCAUGAAGAGCAUUUAGAAAUUCAUAAACAACAAAAAGAAUUUAUUGAAGAAUACACAGCACAAAAACGUCUAGAAGAGGAUGCUUUACGGGAAGAAGAAAAACGUGUUGAAUCAACUAUCGUUAUUCAGUCAUGGUGGCGUGGUACAAUGGUUAGACAACAUUUAGGUCCUUAUAAACAGAAAAAAAAGAAAGGCAAAAAGGGUAAAAAAGGCAAAUAA